ACAAAAGAGAAUAGCCUUACAUCUUGUUAUAGUAUUAUCCAUAUUUAAACUAGGAUUCAUUGCCUCAAGAUGUCUAUUUCUUUAAAAGUUCGUGGUGAUGCUGAAAGUAGGAAUCUGGAAGUACAUUAUCUUCCAGCUAAAAUAAAUGGAGAUGGGAGUACAGAUGUAUCAAAGUAUUUCAGUUCGUAUACACGGGUAGGCCAAGGUAACUUAUUAACAAAUGCUAUUCGUGGUUUCCCGCUAAAUGGAGAAAUUGUUAAAAUACCAACAACUCAUAGCUCAUAUGUUUUACAAGAAACUGAGUUUUCAAAUACUGAAAAAUCGCGGAAUAUAUAUGUGACUGGUAGUUUCAGUAAUUUUUAUUAUUGGAAUUAUGAUAAAAUACCAAGCAAUGGAGAUGCUUACAAACAGGCUUUAUAUUUGUUCAACAUAUCCAAAGAGUUCUCUGAACCAGUAUCUGAAACGGAUAUCCAAAUUGAAAUUGAAAAAAGGCGGAAAAUAUAAAAAGAAAAAACACUAUAUAACAAC